CUUGAGUGUCCAUUGUAGUGACUUCGGUGUUGUUCUGCUUUUGUCCGUGAGCGGGAAUCGACUCUGUAAACUCCCUGAACCGGUUGACGUUAAUGGAGAGGGUCGCCUCGCCAUGUCCUUGAGCCUGCGAGCAACUCAGAGAACACAUCGUUUCACUAAUUAGGAGGACAGACGCAACCAGCCUCCACCGAUGGCCUUCUUCCGACAGCUGAAACUUCUUCUCUGGAAGAAUUGGCUUUCAGCCAUCAGACAGCCACUAUGGUCCGUGACUCUGAUCGCCUGGCCUCUGAUCAUCUUCAUCGUCAUUGCUGUGGCCCGCAAGAACUUCCCCCCAGUACUAAAAGAUACAUGUUUUGUGGGACCCCGAAACCUACCCAGCGCAGGCUUCUUCCCUUUCCUGCAGACCCUCAUGUGCAACACAGACAGCAGCUGUCAAAACAAAUCAAGCAUUGUGAAGUCAGCUCGGACAGCCUCAGGGAAUGCUAGGUCAAACCUACUGUUUCAAGAGAAGUUUGCUUUCCCCAACGACCCCAGAAAUGAUGCUGAAGCACUGAUUAAGGUCUUGAACAACUUUUUGGGUCCACCUCACCAAGGAAGCUCUAAAAAUGCCUCACUCAUGAACACCACGGAUUACAAUCUCCCUGAAAAUCAGGAGACCUUGAACGAAAUGCUGGAGUCAGUACACCUGUUGAAGAGAGCCAUCUGCAAAAUGACGCUGCCCGUGGUUAGCACAUUUCCCAGCCCGUUCUCCGAUUCUGUGGCCACUUUCUGCAAGUCCAACAACACUGUGUUGGAGUUCUCGCUCCAAACACUCAACCAGAUAUUGACGGAUCUGAUGCUGACAAAACCAGAGGAGAUGGUGACGGUGGCUGGGGCUGUGAUGUUGGCCUUCGAUCAGCUGCAAAAUCAGACCUCGCUGUGGGAAAACCUUCUAACUAUUCCCCAGCUCUUCUCUUCCGGUUCUGAAGAGCAAGUGCUUGCCGGCGUCGAGGCCCUACUCACCAACAUACAGAGUGCUUUGCAGAUCAUCCAGAGCAUUAUCCCUGAAGCCGGUGCCUCACUUUCCUGGGUGCAUCCACUCCUUGCGGGAGGCAUCAACCUGACCAACUAUGUCCAAAACUGGCCUGGCAAAGAUGUUUCCAUUUCCCUUGGAGAGGUUGUCACGUUGCAGAAUGACUCACUCAGUGAAAUGGUCAAAUAUGUUCUACAAGAAGUCAAAAUACCACUGGACAAGGCUAUCGGCCUAACAAUGGACAGAGACAUGGUGCGUUUGCACUUGUGCGGCAACAGCAGUAAGCCAUUCUGGUUAAUGACAGCGUGCAGUACAGGGACAUUGGGCAUGCUUCUGGAAUGGAUCAACCCGGAGAAGGUGGCAAAGCAGGCUCUCCUGGUGUGGAGUAAGAACGUUGCUCCACAUGAUGUAUCCUUCGCCAAAGGGCUGCUGCAGAGUAUGAUGGGAGGCGUACCCCCAGGAGGACAAGGAGGCUCCGACACCACGAGGAGACGGCGUAGCGUAGAUACACAACCACAAAACAUUGACGAGGAGCUGUUUUUAGAGCUUGGUCAAGUGGUGUUGGAGAUUAUACAAAUUGUGCCAGAGCUGGAUUUGGUUGUUCAGAGCAUCUUCAGAACGGGUUUUCAAUCUAUGAAGGCGGCGACACUGGCCCUUGACACAGUUGAAGAAAUGAUGAUCCGAGUCCUGAAAGAUACUGAUCGACUCCAAAUGACUUAUCUAACGUUGCUGACGAACCAGUCUGAGGCAAGCGUUUGGAUUGAUCGUGUCCUGGACAAUGUGAUCGAAAUGAUUCAGAAGAUUAUGUCACCUGAGCCUUUACAAUGUGAGGAUCUCUUGGUUCCCUUUGAGUGGCUGUUAAACACCGAAAGCAUAAAGACCGAGUUAUGGAGAUCAGCGAUCUGUCAGAACGGCUCCGCUGUACAGAAAGCACUACUAAUGGACUGGCUGCCAUUGGUUCAGAAGGCACAAGAUGUAUACAGUUCCCUGACGGGCCAAAGAGACUACAACGUGACACUUCCCAUGAUUCUCUCUCAGUGGCGUGAGCUGUGCAACAACAGUAUGCAGUUUGUUGUGUUUUCGAACCAACUGGCCACAAAGCUAAAUGGAGAAUACUGGAUGAACUGGAUACCAGACAACAGCACUCAUGAGCUUACUUGGACUCUUCAACAAAGUGUUUCCUUGUUCAUGGUGAAUUUGGGUGAAAUGAUUGAGAAGACUCAACUGUGGCCCGAGGUAAAGAACUAUUUCCACAUGCUUAACUGGAUUUUGAACUACAGGCCCGAUAUCACAACUCAGCCAGCAAACUGUUCUAUUAACAUCUCCUACUCGGCCAUUCAUUGCGAUACUGGUUUGAAAUGGCCACAGUUUGUUCAAACAAUGACUCGGGCUCUGAUGUCACCAAACCAAGACGUCCUGUUCAAUUCUCUCAAAGGAACUGUGAAUCUGUUGCAGCAUGUGUACGGCGACAUCUAUAAACAUUUGGCAGGAUCAUAUUUGAAAGGAAUCGAAGGUGGUGAUGCGCUCUCUGCCUACCUGAUAAACCUGAUGCAACAACUGGAUAGCUUUGUCCACACACUCUCCAUGCUGCCUGAACAAAACACCACCAACCCUGAUGUCAUGGGUCCCCUCAUCGGUAACCUGUUGCAGACCACAGGUCUGAGACCACUGCUGCCUCUGCUCUUCAGUGACGGUCCCCUGAAUGUUUCUGCAGUGAUCGAUGUUGCCUCAAAGCUCGGCAGGCUCAACCAGCCCAUUUUUACCUUCAAUGAGACAGACCCAACGAUGCCCGAACUUGAACGGUUGAUGAUGCAGUUUUUCUCCCUGGAAGGUAACCUUACCAUGUCUCUCUCUCACAUCAUGGGACACACUCUGCUUACCUAUUCAAAAUACUUCCAACCUGACAAAGUGGCCCAGCUCAGAGAAGCCAUCCAACCGUUCACCAACCAGACCUCAGCAGGCCUUGUAGAAGCCAUCCUCAGUGCCAUGGAGCUACUGAAGAAAGUGAUAGAUUCUCCAAACGGGGACCCAACUAACAUCAUUCUUGGGUUCCUACGCCAGCUACAAGAAUGUGUGAUGUCUCUGUGUAGACUGCAACAAAUCCAAAAUGUUCUGUUACCAAAUGGGCAGCUUAGCUCAACCAAAGUCACUGACCUCCACCUGCUUGCCAAGGACUUGCUCAACUUUUUAAGCCCUGAAGGCCUUCAUAACCUGUAUCAGGCUGGACCAGAUGCUGCUCAGGACGUUAUUGCACAACGAUUUGUUGCAUUUCUUCCACCUGAGUUCCAAGAGGAGGCUGCUCGCUUUCUCCAGGAUUUCAAAGCUCUGCAGAAUCGGAUGACUGAAUGUGCCGCAGGCGAAGACUGUUUGGCUGGGAUCUCCGAACUCUUCCCAUUCCUGGAUCAGAUACUAGACAUGAUGCUCUCAGCCAACGCUAAUGUAACCAUCACAUCAGCUGCGACCAACUCUGUUCUGGAUGGACAGGAAUAUGAGGAAAUGACAUCCAUGUUUUUCUCACUCCUCCUGUCCUCCAAUGAUGCUGCCUCUGUAAAAACAUUCAAGCAGAUUCUCCAUUUCAUCCGAAUGAUCACGGCGACACCAAUGAUUACCGUAUCAGAUGUCCAGAAUGCUCUGCGACAGACAAACCUCACCCUUGAGGAGCUGAACGACAUUGCUGCACUAGCUGGAGCUGCCAACAUUAACGACCUAAUGAUAGAUGUAAUGGAGAUUAUCAAUGUCCGCCAGUGUUACGAACAACAGCAUAACCAGAUGACAGCAGAGUGUGUUAUGGGAAUGAUAAACGGUGUCAGCAGUUUCUUGAAACACCUACCUGCUCUACGUAAUGAGACAGCCAUUCUCUCCCUCAUCCCAUUGAUUGUCAAUAUCAGUGAUGUCUUCCAAGUUGAUUUCAGCUCCAAUCCUAACAUGGCUCUCACACACACGCUGAACAGCACCCUGGCCAAUAUCAAGAUGAACCUCCAGCUGAACCACCUGAACACUCCAGAGAUCAUGAAUGAAAUUGCAGUGGUAGAGGUUCUCAUACAACUGGUGGCCAACACUGAACCAUUUAACAAUUUGAACAACACCUCACUGAUGGACCCCUUAUAUGCUCAGAAGGUAUAUCUAAAUAUUGUGGAAUGGUACUUGAAAAGGCUUGAAAAUAUCACCAGUGCAAGCUCCUUCUCAGAGCUCCUCUCUCCCUUUUACUACCUUACACAAAUGCAAGUGGCAUUACAGCUGGCAAAUGUGGAUUUCUCUUUGUUUGUCAGCCAGCAGGUUGAGUCCCUGAUCAACAACCUUGAGUACCCAUUAGAUGGGGAUGGGGUGAUUAAAAUUGGCCUGACAACAGUUGAGCUUCUCCGGCGACAAUUUGAAUUAAUAAUGGCUAACCCGAAUGCUCAGAAUAACUUCUCGGAUGCACACCAGUUACAAAACACAACAAUUCUUCGUGUCGCUGAGCUCCAAGUCGAGCUGUACCUCGACCUAAUAGAGAACUGGAUGAAACAACCAAAUGUCCAGUCGAUCCUCAGUAGUAUGCUCCAAUGGGGAAACCCCAUCAUAAAUGUGUCCACCCCCGUGACGGACCUCCAGCACCUGCUGGGGACGAUGGCUGCUGUUCUCGGUGAUGAUCAACAGGCCUAUCUCUCAGUCAUUGGCAGUAUCACCAAGUCCCUGAGCAAAGCCCUCAUGGUGGCAGAGCAACCAGGUGGCCUCCAGAGCGACCACUUCUUGACUGCCAUCUUGGAAGCCAUCCAGAGUGCUAUGCAGAUCCUGCCAGAUGUCACAGAACCCCUGCCGCUCUCUGUACAGCAGAACAUCCUAGAAAUUGUCCAGGACUCACUUAAUCUCAUUCUCCAACCAGACAUAAGUUUUGCCUCUUCACGGAACAUCUCCCUCCUCAUUCUCAAGAGGGCUGAGAGCAUCAUCCAACAAACGGUGCCAAACAUGUUCGCUCAAUACUUGCUUUCUGGAAUCAAAGUAGCUGCCACAUACUUUGAGAGCACGGCCAGUGGAACAGACGGCUGGAAUCAGUUGAUUCUGGAGGAGAUGGAAACAGUCCAAAGCCUCCUGCCGCCAAACUGCACAGCCCAGGCCUACGUCUCCGCCCUGAGUCUCAUCACUCACUUUAUUUUGGAGUCUGGCCAAGGCAACAUGAGCCUUUGGGAAUCUUUUGAGAGUGCAUCAGUUGAAGAUGUGCCCAUACUCUUUGGCAAGAUGGGUAAACUCUUGAGCAAUCUUUGGCCACUUGUUGUGGGAGGCUCAGCUUCUACUGCUCCAUCUCUGGGGGGCUUGGCACAUCUUGCUCCAGUCCUGGAGGAAGUGAUGACUGGGAAGGCAGACCAAGACACGUGGCACAAACUUGAAGAGCUACUACAUGACCUACUGUCAACCCUCCAAGGAACGGAGCAUUGGGACAGUGUCCCAUCCGGUAUCCUACAGUUUGAGAAAAUCAUAGGAAGUAUGGUAAACAGCAUGCAAGCGCAGAACGGGAUGAUCCUAAGCCUUCAGAUGCCUGUGGGGACUCUGAUCGGCAAAAUUGUACUGAGUGUAAAUUCCAGUCAUUUUAACUUGUCCGAGGUCUCUGAAAGAAUGCAGCUUGCAAUUGAACACACGGUGCAAGCCGCUACACAGACUAAUGGCACUUUGGAGUGCAGUGAAGUUCUCCAGGCCUGGGAGCCAGUGAGAGAGGCAGCUGGGUUAAGCCCCGACGCCUUGGCUAUGUGGUGCACCGUCAGCCUGCAGCCCGUUUUUGAUGCCUAUGCUGCAGCCCAGACUGUCUACACACACAUGAACACGAGUAACCUGGGUGUGGGACCAAUGACUGUGAAUGCCACAUCUGCCUGGAUUGUCAGGACUGUACAGUCUCUCUACCAAGUCAGCAUGAACAGCACAUUUGUGAUGGAGCAGCUCUCUGAAACUUUCUUCAGCCAGCUCUCUCAGCUUGCAAGCCAGCCCCUGAGCCCUGAAGCACAGCGUCACUGGUACAAGCAGCUCCAAGACAUGCAGUUGCAAAACAGUUUGUCUUGCUUCAAAAUGGUCUCAGACGAGCUGGUGGAUGUGGCCCCCUUCAUCCGGCCUUACAUUGAAGCUAUAGAAAAAUCAGUGAGCCAUAUCCUGGACAACUACCAUCUCAUUCAAGGCAACUCCUCAUGCCAGGACCUCUUCGAAAAGGCAGCAAUGAUCUUCCUCUUCUCGGCAAACAUCACGACAGACGACACGUUCCCCAUGAUGUGGGGACCGUUUUCUGGACUCAAUGAAUUAUCUCUUACCGACAUGAUAUGGGAAGCGGUAACACUGGUGAUUGACAUGAAGAUUUUUGGGAAUGUGCCUCUGGUUUACCAAACCUUGGAGCAAUUUCUGGAGUCCAACGACUCGAGCGUGAUUGUGCAGAAGGUGGCCGUGUUGUCUGCAUGGUUGGACUCCACCGAAGCAUUUGGACUGGAUCUGCUGACUCAGGCUCUUCCCAAAGUGUACGACAUCCUCAGGCCGGUCUUCUCUCUUCUGAUGCAGAUGAGUGUGGACAUGCCAGCAAACAUGGAGCAGUUUGUAGACUUGGCUGGAAACAUAUGUGCAAUGCUGAGGCAGUUGGGAAGCACCAGUGGUUUUCAAGCGCCCAUGGAUUCCCGUCAAAGUAUGUAUCGGGGAGAAAUGACAGCCGGUAACCAUACGACGACAGUGAGGACCCGACACAGACGCCAGGCCCCGUUGAUGCUGGCAAGAGAACCCAUGGAUGACUUCAUAGACCUUUUCUACAUUGACUACCCUGCAAUGUUCAAAGCCAUCUCCGUCCCUGCUACCACAACAGAAAUGAUGGACACAGUCCACGUGCUCUUUGCCAACCCUGAUCUGAGCGUUGUGGUGAAGGGAGCUACAAGCGACAUGCCCUGGGGCUUGAACGCCACUCGGGAAGAAACUAUUGAUGCUGCUCUUGGACUGCUCUCCUUCUUCACUCUCCCUGGGGCAUUUCAGAUGUCAUCAAUGGAUCUACUGACAAAUGCCAUCGAUAUGCUUCCCAGUGGCUUUCCAUUCGCUUCAGUGCUGAGAAAUAUCACCAGAGCCUUUGCCCGCGAAUCUCAAGAGAACAUAAUGCUCAUGCAGGAGGCCAUCCAAACAGCCGCUGAGCUCCUUCAGAUCAACAUGAUGGACCCGCAAUUCACGGAGCAUCUUGGCAACCUGAAAUCCAAGGUGUGCACCUUGGAGGAAACGGAGUCUGUGCGUCUGCUGAUGUGGGCCCUCUCCUUUGAGCCCGGUCAGCUUUGUCGCACUUUUCUACCCAGCCUGCAGAUCUUGGUUGAGAAUUUGACGAUGAACACAAGCUUUCUGAACGAUGCCAUCUUCCAGAUCGUCAUCGGAGACCCUCAAGCCUACAAUAUCCAGUCAAACUGGUCCUCUGUUUUAAAUGAAGGGAUGGGCUUUAACGCCAGCAGCCUGAGGUCUUUCAACAUUAACGUCACCUCACCAGGAGGGGUGACCGUCGGUGAGUUGCUGAGGAAUAAAACCGCCUUCGUUUGGGAUGUUCAUCAACACAUGGAUUUUGACCCAGCUGCUCUCCGCCUCCUGAUGGAAACCAUGCUACCAAACAACAAUUUAGAGAUCCUGACCUGGUUGGUCAACUUGCGUCAUUGCGACACCACAGCAGCCUUGAACAGGGAUGAGACCAAUGUGGUCAUCUUAAAGGCCUUCUGCUCCUUGUCUGAUGAACAGUGGUACAGCUUCUCCCUGCUGAUGGCUCGCCAUAUCAACACACAGAAACUCCUCUACAGAAUGGUGUUGUCUGAAGAAAUUCAGAGCAUGGUGGGAGUUAUGCUCCAGAUUGCUGAGGUUAUAACCAACAUGAUGGAUAUGAUUCUUCCUGCUGUGGAUCAGCUUCAAACAUUCAUGCGUUCCAUUGAAGACCUCAACCUGAUGGCUGACAGCGAAUUUCACCAAAUGGUGAGAGGGCGGAGCACCAGUAUCUCCAGCAAAGCUACGUUUGUCACCCUCUCUCGAGCGUUGUGCAACAAGGGUAUCCUGGCUCUGCUUGGAAUCUCAAAACUUCCCAUCACGGCUGAGUCCAACCCCACCUUCCCCGACCAGAUCCAGAGGGAGCAGAUGAUUGAGAGGUUCAAGAUUCCACCAAAUGCCACUCCCUUCUGUAUGAACAUGUACCUGGACAUGGUCAAUACCACUGGAGGAGCCAUCGCCUGGGCCUUCCUCAAACCAAUGCUGGUGGGACAGAUUCUGUAUACCCCUGACACACCUGUCACCAGGGCCAUAAUGGAGAAGGCCAAUGCCACCUUGCAGGAGUUUGCGAAUCUCAGGAAGUACUCCGAGGAAUGGAUUGAGUCCUCCAACUACAUCAUAAAGUCUGCCGAAAUACUCACUCACACUUUGCCAAUGCUGCAGAAUUCCCUCGGCAAUUCCUUUGUUGAGAAUUUCAUUGAGGUACAGACGGACAUCAAUGUCGGCAGAAUGAAGGAGACGCUCAGCAACUUCUCUAACAUGACCCUCAUGCUGGAGAAAAACAAACGCAUCAUGAGCCAGGUCACCACUUUGUCAAGCCUGAUGGUGAACAUCUCCUCCUGUGUCAAAUUUGACCGUUACCGUGGUUACGACUCUGCCGACGAGCUUAACGCUGUAGCUCAGGACCUUGCCAAAAAACGUGAUCUCUACGCAAGUGUCAUCUUCAAGCUUCCCAAUGACAAGGACUCAUCCAGGAAGCGCCAGGCCAGGUCUUCCUCCUCCACAUCCUCCCUGCCUCCCAGAGUCAGCUACACUAUCCGCAUGCACAUGGACAACGUCAUGCGUACUGACAGAGUCCGGGAACCUUAUUUUUAUAAGGACAGCCACAUCUCAGCCAGACAGGCGCUGCGCUACAACCGAGGAUUCAUCUACCUGCAGGAGAACAUCGAUCGAGCCAUCAUCGAGACCCAGACUGGAGAGAGGGUUACAGAGCCAGCCGUCCAGCUGCAGCCCUUCCCCUAUCCCUGCCACUCUCGGGAUGAGUAUCUGGAGGCCAUCUCUUUUGUCUUCCCUCUCAUGCUGAUGUUAGCCUGGGUGCUGUUUGUGGCAGACUUUGUAAAGAAGCUGGUACAUGAGAGAGAGCUGAGGCUGCAUGAGUACAUGAAAAUGAUGGGAGUCAACCCGCUCAGCCACUUCUUCGCUUGGUUCCUGGAGUGCACCGCUUACUUGGUGUUUACCAUCUUCUUCCUCACAAUGGUGCUGAAGUACGGCAGAAUUCUGCCCAACAGUGACGGCUUCCUCCUUUUCCUGUACCUUUGCGAUUAUGGUUUGAGCAUCCUGUCCUUCAGUUACCUCAUCAGCUCCUUCUUUGACAAGACAUACAUCGCCGGCCUUAGUGCGAGCCUCCUUUACAUCCUCUGCUUCUUCCCCUUCAUUGUGGUCGUGGCCGUGGAGACAAAACUCACCUUUUCCCAGAAGGCUGCGCUGGGUUUGUUUUCCCCAACCUGUUUCAGUUAUGCCAGCCAAUAUGUGUCUCGGUAUGAGACCCAAGGAGAAGGCAUUCAAUGGAGCAACUCGUACAUCUCGCCCAUCUCUGGAGACACAUCCUCAUUUGGUUGGCUGUGCUGGCUGCUGCUCAUCGACUCCAUCCUCUACUUCAUCAUCGGGGCUUACAUCCGCAUGGUCUUCCCAGGAAAGUACGGCAUCCCCGCCUCAUGGUACUUCCCCUUCAAGGCCUCCUUCUGGGCCGACCUGUGCCGUUGUGUUAGGCCAAACAGUAAGGGGGGCAGCGGACUCCUUUUCAUCAACAUCCUGCAGGAAAACCCUCCCGUCUUUGCCGACGACAAGGGAAAAGGCCACAACACUCUUUCCUCUCAGGCUGGGGAGGAUUUCUCAAAGCUCCCAGUGGGCGUUGCUCUUCAUGGUCUCAGCAAGAUCUAUGGCGACCGACCAGCAAUUCAAAACCUUAAUGUUUCUUUCUACGAGGGCCAUGUCACCUCACUGCUUGGUCACAAUGGAGCUGGCAAGACCACCACCAUGUCUCUCCUGACUGGCCUUUUCCCACCAUCCUCGGGCACCAUUGAGGUGUACGGCAGAGACAUGCAGACCAACAUCAAUGCAGUUCGCAGAGACAUGGGGGUUUGUAUGCAAUACGACGUCCUCUUUGACCACAUGACCACCAACGAGCACCUGCUGCUCUACGGCCAGAUCAAGGCCCCACACUGGUCAAUCGGGGAACUGAAUGAAAACAUCUGCAAGAUCCUAGAGGAGACGGGCCUGUACGCUCACAGACACAAGCGGGUGGUCACACUGUCAGGCGGCAUGAAGCGCAAGCUGUCGAUCGCCAUUGCCUUCAUAGGGGGCUCUCGCUUGGUGGUUCUAGAUGAACCCACCACCGGAGUUGAUCCCUGCUCCAGGCGCAACAUCUGGGACAUGGUCAUCCAGCACAAGAAAAACCGCACCAUCAUCAUGUCCACCCACCACCUGGAUGAGGCUGAAGUACUGAGCGACCGCAUCGUCUUCCUGGAGGAAGGAGGUUUGAAAUGCUGCGGAUCUCCCUUCUAUCUGAAAGACAAGCUGGGUCAGGGCUACAAGCUCACUCUCACCAAGAAGAUGGAGAAUUUAGAGUCUGAGCGGAUUGACAACGCUGAGCUGAAGGUUUUCAUCCAGGCUCAUGUACCAGCAGCUCGACUGAAGGAAGCCCUGGGUAACGACCUGGUCUACACUCUGCCCCCCUUUACUUCAUCCAAUGCCUCCUCAUACCGCUCCCUCCUGACCGCGCUGGACUCCAACCUGGACGCCCUACAGUUGGGGGGCUAUGGCAUCUCUGACACCACCCUAGAGGAGGUGUUUCUCCAGUUGUCUCCUGGAGGCUCAGAAACUGGGACCUCCUAUACUAUCUCGGAGACGAUUACAGACAGGGAUUCCAUUGGCAGCUUCCCUUCAGACUCCAGUGGAAGCUUCUCCAGCUUUAGUAACAAUAUCAACCUUACCGGUUCAUCCAUGGUGCGCGGCAUGGCCCUGGCAUGGCAGCAGAUGGCAGCCAUUCUGAUCAAGAGAUUCCACCACAGCCGUAGAGACAGGAAGGGCCUGCUCACGCAGAUCCUGCUCCCUGUUGUGUUCAUAGUGUUUGCUAUGAGUCUGGGCUCCAUGAACAGCACCCUGCAUCAGUAUCCUGAGCUGGAGCUCAGCCCCGCGCUUUACAACUAUGCACCGAGCUACUCUUUCUUCAGUAACCAAAAUCCCAACUCCAAGCUGAAGGACGCCAUGAUGUCAUUCCCUGGGAUCGAUAACACCUGCCUUGACAAGUCCGAUAACCCGGCCUGCGCAAGCAGCACAAACGACUGGAGUUCCAGCGGGAACAGCUCCAAAGCAUUUAGUGUCUGUAAAUGCACCCAUCAGGAACAGAUUUGUGAUGGAGAAAGCUACCAGCCCCCCCAUAAGAAGAUCCCUUCAGCUCAUAUUGUGUACAACCUAAGUGGCAUCAAUGUGGAGAACUACUUAGUGGCCACAGCAAACAACUUCAUCAGGAACAGGUAUGGUGGCUUUGCUUUUGGCAUGCCUCUCCCUUCUGACUUACAGAUGGACGUAACUGCGGUGCCCAAAAACCGUACACUGUCUAAGGUCUGGUUCAACCCAGAGGGCCACCAUACCAUGCCAGCAUACUUAAACAGCCUCAACAACCUGAUUCUACGUGCCAAUCUUCCAGCAGAUAAGGAUCCAGAGAAAUAUGCCAUUUCAGUUUCCAGCCACCCCUAUUUCGGCCGGGCGGAUGAUGAAGAUUCUAUUGUCCAGGGAAUGCUCCAGAUCAUGUUGGCCAUGUGUGUGCUGAUUGGUUAUUCAAUCACGACAGCCAGCUUCGCCAUCUAUGAAGUCAAUGAGCACCACAGUGGCUCCAAGCGGCUCCAGCACAUCUCUGGCAUCAGCGAGCCCUUCUAUUGGGCCGUGAACUUCUUUUACGACAUGGUCAUGUAUUUGAUCCCUGUGACCUUGACUGUUGCCGUGAUUGCAGCCUUCCAGGUUCCAGCAUUCACAGAUCGACAAAAUCUGGGUGCUGUGACUCUGCUUUUGGUACUCUUUGGGUGGUCUACGUUCCCCUGGAUGUAUUUGUUAUCCGGCGUCUUCAAGGACGCAGAGAUGGCCUUCAUCACCUACGUGUGCAUCAACCUCUUCAUCAGUGUCAACACCAUCAUGUCCACCUCCAUCCUAUAUUUCUUGGGUCAAAUUUCAAUGCACAACCCUGAGUUCAUACAGGAGAUGUUCAAGAGGCUGAGCCACGCCUUCCUAAUCUUCCCCCAGUUCAACUUUGGGAAUGGGCUAAUGGAGUUGGCCAGGAAGAACAUGGAGGUCAAGUUGCUUAGUGGCUACGGCAUUGACGCCUAUCAGAACCCAUUCUCCCUAGAUGCCCUGGGCUGGAUGUUCAUCGCCUCUUUCAUCCAAGGCGUGGUGUUCUUCUCUCUGCGCCUCCUGCUCAACAGGUUUCUCAUACGCAAAGUCAGGAAUCUAAUAUGGGGCAGAAAGACGACGCCACUGUUGGCUUGUGAGGAGGAGGAGGAGGAUGAGGAUGUGGCGACUGAGCGCCUGCGGGUGUCAAGUGGAGCGGCCAGCACAGAUAUACUGCAGGUCAACCAGCUGUCUAAGGUCUAUCGUACCCUCAAGAAGAAGGUUCAUGCUGUCAAGGGGCUCUCUGUGGGCAUCCCUGUUGGAGAAUGCUUUGGUCUACUGGGAGAGAACGGAGCAGGAAAAACUACCACCUUCAAGAUGCUGACUGGAGAUAUUAGCCCCACUGAUGGCACGGCACAGACCAGGGACUGGGAUGGGCGGUUGGUGGACAUUAUGGAGUGUCGUAACAAGGGCAUUAACAUCGGCUACUGCCCCCAGGUGGAUGCGCUAGACAGUCUGCUCACUGGGAAAGAGCACUUGGACUUCUACGCUCGCAUUCGAGGCAUUUCAAAGAGGGAGAUAGACGGGGUGGUGAGCUACCUACUGAAGAGGCUGGAGCUGAGCUACUAUAGGAACAUCAUUACUGACAGUUACAGUUGCGGCACCCGCAGAAAGCUCUCUACUGCGCUGGCUCUCAUUGGACAUCCGCAAAUCCUACUCCUGGAUGAGCCCAGCUCUGGCAUGGACCCUCGCAGCAAGCGUCACUUGUGGAAAAUUAUCUCUGAAGAAGUGAAGGGAAAAUGCGCCGUGGUCCUCACUUCUCACAGCAUGGAGGAGUGUGAGGCACUGUGCAGCCGUCUUGCAAUCAUGGUGAAAGGUCAGUUCCGUUGCCUGGGCUCCCUGCAGCACAUUAAGAACAGGUUCGGCAGCGGUUUCACUGUGAAGAUGUACUUGGCCGAGGCCUCCUGCGACGCACAGGCAAUCACUGAUUUCAUGCGAGACAGAUUCCACAGCACAUACCUCAAGAAUCAGCACGCCAUGAUGGUGGAAUACCACGUACCAAUUGCUCCGGGAGGGGUGGCUGACAUCUUUGACCAGCUGGAGUCAAACAAGAGUGCUCUGCAGAUCAAACACUUCUCUGUGAGCCAGACCACACUGGAUGAGGUCUUUAUCAACUUUGCCAUGGGAAAUAUCGACAUGGAAUCCGUAUCACUGAACUGCCAAGACGGAUAUGGUGACCUGGACUCCAUCAAGGCCGUAGAAACGUAGAGAUGACUGCCAUCUUUUCUUUGCCAUUUCUUGCAAAUUUCACCUAUGAAAUGAACACAAUAUAUGUUUGUAUUAAACCUGCCUUUGCUAUAUGUUUUAAAUGAUACUUUCUGUUCUAAAUACUACUGAUUACUUCUUGAAAGUGUUUUAACUGAUCAUAUGAAGGAUGAAAAAAUGUGACAUUUAAAUGAUCUGUCUAGCAUGUCACACACCUGUUUAACUUUAAUUCUCCUGAUUUUAUUAUUAUGAUAGAUAAUAUUAAUCCUGUAAACUGUUAAUGUAUUUGUGGUUGGGGCACUGUUCCUGAUUAGAUUAUUAUAUCUGAGAAAAUGAAAACACAAACAAUGUAUUCUCUAUUGAGAGUGAUUUUUUUAUUUUGCCUUAAUGUUGGCAAACAUAAUUUGACAAUCUUAAAGCACUCGCACUUAAUAUAUUACAUAUCCAAAGAUAAUACACAUGUUAUUGUGCCUACUGGAUUCAAUUUGAUAAGAUAACAUUCACUCAGAAGAACAUGCUCAAUAUGCACCUUUCCCAUACUCAUGAACACUUUAGUUAAGCACAUACCUAACUUUUAGAAUCAAUGUACUGAAUAUUUAAUCGAUGUUUCCUGCCAAUGGAUCAUUUCAAAAUUGACCUGAAUGUAUCAAGCCUAUUUUUAUUCUAAUAAAUAUAUAUUUCAAAUUAAA